AUGUCGCAACUGGGCUCUGCUGAGCGCUCUGUUGGGUCACAGCCAUCCUCGGUGACUCCCUCGGGGUCCAGGCCGUCGACGGCACCUGCCAAGGUGCCAUCCGACGACGAGGCUGAAGAGGGCGAGAUCGUGGACGAAGAGGAAGGCGAAAUUGCCCAGCCGCAAGCUCCCGAAUCCGCCGCCCCGACAGCACCGGUUGACCAACCAGCCCCUGCAGAUCCUUCCACCCAAUCGGCCCCAUCGGAAGAGCCGAACGCAAACGCAGAGCCUUCGGCGGAGAAGCUCUCUGCCGAUGCUGGCAAAGAUCCGGACAGCCUAGAAGCAUCCGUAGCCACCCCGCCUGUUGAAGACGCGCCGACACCAGCCCCCUCAGUCCAACGCGAAGCCGAACCGGAAACCAAGGCCGACGAGCAGAAGCCGGAAGAGCCCGAGAUCCAACCCGAGACUGCAAAGGAAGCAGCUGCGGAGGAGCCGACAACUCUUUCGACGGCAAGAGAACCCGAAGCCUCCAAAGAGGCUCCUGCGGCCGAAGUGGCCCCUUCCAGCAUCACAGCCAACAACCCUACUCAGCCCGAAGAGAGCGCAGAAAAGCAGCCGCCGUCACCGCAGCGCGAAGAUCCCAGCACGCCCGAGCUCAAGGACACGGCCAUGCCGAGCGCAGAGACGCAAGCACCUGGCGAAUCAAAGCCACAAGCAGGCUCCGCGCCGAUCCAAGCGAGCGAGGCUCCGAACGGCCCCAUCGGAGCGACUCACGCUCCUACGGCUUCAACUGCCGCAGCAGAGCCAGAGAAAGCCAACAGCGCUGAGGCUGCCUCCGCUCCACAACAAGCUGAGAUCCAAGAACCAUCGAGCAUGGACAUCGACGACAACGGCGCCUCUCCCGAUAAGCGAGCGAAGGAAGGCGACAACAAGCCUGUCGAGUCCACGCCUAAACCCGAGCCGAUGGAUGUGGAAGACAAUAUUCACACGCCUGCCCUACCGGUCGAUGACCUCGCAGACACAGCCCAGGACGCCGAGCGUAAGGCCGAGGUAGACGAGCCCAUUCGAGAGGCUCAAGAGGACCCCGCCCCGCCAGCAACUCAAGUGAAGAGCGAGCCGCGAGCCGACAAGCCCGAAGAGCAGCCUACAAAGGCAGCGCAGCCCAGUCAAGAGGCCGCACCUGCGCCCGUGGAGGCUCCGCGCCAACAGAACGACGAGGCGGAGCAAAGCACUGUCGCCGAACAACGUGCAGAGGCUGCACGACUGCCGCCUUCUGCAGCGUUGAACCGUCGCUCGCGCACUCCCCAGAACACAACCGAUCCUGCCGCCGCCGAAGCUCGCCGUGCCGAGUCGGCCAGAGAAGCGCCUUCGUCGCCUAGACUGGCAGAGGCCGAGCCGCUGCAAACGCGGCCGAGUCGGCAUUCGGCCUCCACUCCGUCUGCCCAACACAGGCGGAUCGAGCGUUCCAAGGAACGCUCCCACCCACCCGAGCGCUCUCAAGAGCGAGAGCAGCGGGCGCGUGAGAAGGACCGCCGUCGCGAGCUGGAGCGCCUGGAGCGCGAACGCGAGCGCGAAAGGGAACGCAUCCGCGAGUCGGAGCGCGAUCGUGAGAUGAUGAUCGCACGCGAGAACGAGGAGGCUCGCCUCAUUUGGCUCUCGUUGCCCGGCAACGACCACCCGCAGUACUACACGGACACAGACUCGGACUCUUGCUACGGUGCUGCCGGCGCGCACGGCGCCGGCGUGACGGAUGAGGAAGACAAGGAUCUGGAUCCGCCUCUGCCUCUGUCCCUUCAAGAAUACCAUCCGGCGCCUUCGUACUCGCAGUCCUACUUUGACGAUCAGUACUAUGCGUCCAAGCGCAAGCGCACCGAUGAGGACGCCGAUUUCGCCUCGCUGCGCCGCCACCGUCGCAAACCCGUCUCGGUCGGAGAGCGUCACUCGUGGUCGAGCUCAAAGCCGGUGCACAGAGACGCCCUUCCCUCGACGGCCAUGAUCGAUAUCGACGAUUUCCCAGUGCCGGACUCGAGCAUCCGCGGCGAGCCAUCCGACCGGCCGUUUGCCAGCCGGAUCGAGCGAGCCUCGCUUCCGCGGCACUCUCCGUACGACCCGCUGCAUGACGCGGCGGACGAGUUCGACAGCUCCGACUCGGACGAGGAGGCGAUGCGCAUCGCCGACGAGCGCAAGCGUCGCCACGGCAACCGCAGCGGCAAUCGCGGCAACAAGCUCUCGCGAGACAAGGGCUCGCGCUGGGUGCGACGCGGCAAGCUUGGCGGAUGGACCGAGAUGCGCAUGGACAAGGAGAUCGGCGACCGCGUGCGCCACCGCGUCGAGGCGAUGCAAAAGGACAAUGUGCGCGCGCUCCUCUCGGCCAUGCCCGACGAGGACAAGGCGAUGCUCGCGCAGUUCCCGGCGCUCCGCGAUGGUCUCAUCCCAAGCGAAGCGCACAACGCCAGGCGCGACGCACGCGGCAGGAUCCUGCCGUCCGACCUGUCCGAGGCGGCGCGCAUCGACGCCGAGCUCGGUCUGGAUGGCUCGUCGGGUGGAGCUAGCGGAUCGAGGCUGGCGCGCCCUGAACACCUUACGUCAACAUCGCUGGCACCUACACUGCUCAAGCCUGCCGUCACGCCGCGACAACUGCUGACGAGCCAUACGCUGCGACACACGUUCCGCAAUCCGCACAUUGCGGCGUUAGGCAAGACGGCGUUGGACCUCAUCGAAAGCGAGGGGGUGCUUGGGCGCGCGGUUGGACGAUGCUGGGCGGCCAUGGAGCGCGGUGGCUGGAACGAAGACCCCGAGCCCAAGGGAGAUGCACACGAAGGCGACGAGCCAGACCAGAACGGCAUGGACGUCGAUGGCUCGGAUGCUGACGGCUCUGGCAGGCAUCCGGACGCUGCGGCCAAUGGGGCGUCGGGCAGCGACCUGUUUGGCUCGGCGAUCGACAACCCGGCACUGUCUCAUCUGGACAAGCUGUUUGUCACCAAGCAAGGCCUGGCGAUUCCCAGGCUCGACGACAUGGGCCAGCCGAUCUUUGUGCCGCCCUCGCCCUCGACGCAGGCGGCGCGGGCCGAGGCGGGUCUGCCGGAAGAGAGCGCCAACGAGGCGGUGAUCGAGACGACGCUGCUGCCGGCGCCCGAGCAGCGAUCCAUCGUGCUGGCGGCGCUCGAGUGCCUGCACGAUCUCGCGGCGGACUCGCGCGAGUACGUCGAGCGGCUCGAGGAGGUGCGCUCGCGCUUAGCUGCCGUCAAGCGCCGCAGGGCUCAGGUGUGGACGGCGGUGAGGCAGUGGGCGCUCGACAAGGACGUCGAGGCUUCGUUGGCGCAUGCCGGCAACAGGGUUGCAGUCGACGCGGCGGGCGCUUCGGUAACGGCAGCGGCUGCGGUGACUUCCGCAGCAGCGAGUGCCGUGACCAACGGCAGCUCGCCGAAGAAGAGAAAGUAG